CCUGUUUGGCUGCAGUUGUAUAUUCCUUGAAAUAUUGACAAAAUAUACAAAGUGUCAAAGAGAAGUACUUGUGAUUUGACACUAAAUCGUGUUUAUAUCAUGUUGGAAGAAGUAAUUGGUAUGUUUAUGUCAUUAUUUUCGCUUUUCUGGAGCGAUACACCACGCGUAUCUUUUCGAGAACCAACACCUGACACGGAACAACGUGAUGAUAGAUGGCAACCAUAUAUCAAUAAAGAAUACGAAAACUUUGAUACCAACGAACAGUUCAGUUCGGUAUUGAUUAAUGAGGUAUUGACAGAUUAUACAAGACUUGAUGGUGCUUCAUCUGAACGGAGAAGUUAUUGGGAGUCCAUUCCGAAAAGUUUGUGGACAACAUCAAGUAUUACGUGCGCUAUGUUCGCACCAACGGCGUUCACAAUGGUGUUUCUUUAUAUUGAUUUAAACACAACUGAUCUCUGUUUGGAGUGGCAGUAUCACAAUAACACUUUACCAUUGUCUGUAAAACGACUUCGCGUUAUCGGUGACAGUAUUGAAGCGGUAAUAGCCAAUCUUUGGUUUCCGCUAACAAUGGUAGUUCUAUUUGGAUGGAAAGAGUUUAAACUGAGGUUUAUGUCCACUUUUUAUGUGGGUUUUAUCUUUGGAGAAACGACAAUAAUUUAUUACUUAUUUUUGCUAGUAUUUGGUGUCUACGAUACGCACAUGUAUUACAGAUAUCCUGCAAAUGUGAUGUUCUUUUCUGGCAUAUUCUGCUGUAGCAUUCUCAUGCUUCGUAAUAUUCGAGCCAGCGAUUCUACAUUGUCCUAUUCUAACGGUCAUAUUUUGGCUUUAGUUUCAGCAGAGUUCCUCGCAUGUUCUGUACUGGCAGUGACCUACAGAUACGCUAUAGUGCCUUUAUUCAAUGGCAUAAAAAAAGAAAAUUACAAAUUCUUGGUGGCUGUGAUGGUGCCAGGAUUAACCAUUAUCCCCGCGGUGAUUUGUAAACACAUAGCGUUGAGACGAAGUUCCAAGGUUGUUGACCCCGGUCGGAGUUUUGUCCUGGUAUACUUUAUCCGAGGUGGUGUCGUAUACUUAUACCGCACAAUGCAAGCAGAUUUGAAAAACAUUUGGCUGUUUAUUGGGUUAUCUCUGUUCUCUGGUUUUCUGAACUUUUUGCAAAAGGUGACCCAUCGAAUACGGAUAAAAUUCUGGAGAUACAUUAUCUCAAUUUUGAAUCGAACUGUUUGCUGUCGAAGACUUAAUGAAUUGCCUCGCAAUACACCGCAUUAUAGACGGUUAAAAGCCGACUUAGAAAUUCAAGAUAUGCUUUUUGAAUACAGUACACUUGUUUUAAGCCAAGGUUACUUCGUGUUGUACUUUGUAGAAAGUUUUAAACUUUCGGUGUGGUCUUUCCUUUAUGAAUCCCUAACUAGAGUUGCAAUUGGCAUUGGAAUCGACUUCUUUUUCAAUUGCCUUUCAAAUUUUGUGCAAAUCCAUUACUACAAUAUUCCAGUUGGUCGCGUAUGGGCGAAGUACUGGAAACGACACAUGUUGGCCAACUUCAUCAUCGUCACUGUGAUGGUGUCAUACUUCAGCCCCGUCCUUCUUUCAGUUUUUCAAGCGCGGGAGACUGGGACAAGUACCAGGCAGUAUAUGGUCAGAAAUUGUACGUUUUUCUAGUCUGUCUGGUUGGCCUUGUCAUAAAAACAAGUUAAAAAUUCAUAAACCUUGUGGCAAACAUGUCAGCCAUACUACGUCACGUGGAGUGACCUUAUAUCUGAUAAAACUCAUCUUCAUUAGUAUUCUUUAUAUAAUUCUUCAUCCUAAUUAGUAUGAUUACAUAAUUGUUCAUCCUAAUUAGCAUUCUUUUGUAGUCGUAUUUUAAGCUAUUCAAAACACUCGAACUCGCGUUUUAUCAUAUCUAAAACGCUCGACUGCGCCUCGCGUUUUAAACCUAAUAAAACACUCCUGCUCGUUUAUUAAACAGUACUUAAAAU